CGGAGAAGGCUGCAGGUGGUCGCCCGGGUUCUCCUUCUCUUUCCCCCGUCCCCCCGACAGUGACCUACCAAAAAUAAGAGAUGGCAGUAAUGGAAAUAGCUUGCCAGGACAAUACAAAUCCAGCUACUGGAUCUCCAAAGGAUCUCCUAAUGGGCAAAGGGCCCGAAGAAGUAGUGAGUGAAAAGAAAAGCAGUGUUUGCAAAGUAGAGGAACCAGAUAAAAAGAUGUUCCAUGGAUCAUGGAAGAUCCUGAGUGAUGUGAUUGCUAAAGGAACUGCCAAGGAAGACAGCGGACAAGGGAGCUUGGCUUCCAUCUCCAUCAUUGCCCAAGCAGAAUGUGAGAUAAGCCAGGAGUUCAGUCCCACUUAUUCAGAGAGGCCUUUUAUUGUUCACACAAAACGAUAUAGCCGGUCUUGCAGCCUUGAUCAAAUCCCCAAUAAUGUGGCUCAUGCAACCGAAGGAAAAAUGGCUCCAGAUUCCUGGAAGGCCUUACAUCAUGGCAAAUCCCGGAAGAAGCAGCGAAAGAGAAAGUCCUCCCUUAAAUCGCCAAAAAGAGCAGCCUCCCUAAUUCAAAAGCCAAGGACUCCGGAGCAGGAGAGCUGUGUACCCAUACCUGUGCAGGAAGAUGACUCUCAUUUGGGCACCCUCUUCAAAAUCACUUCAUGGCAUUCAGAACUAUGUAAGAAUUUUGGUUCUGAUUUCAGUUCCUUUGAGAAACCAAGUCAAGUUUUAUCUACUAGCAAGUUGCACAUGAUAAAGAGCCAAGCAAAGCUAGAAUUACACAAGUUGAUCAGCCCUGCUCAGUGCUUGAGUCAUGUUUGGAAAUCCUAUACACAGGACAAUUUGGGCUCUCAGUUGGAGAUUGUGCAUCCCUGUCCUUCAAACAAAUUUCCUCCUUAUUUGUAUGGCCGGAGAUAUUUGCUUCCUGCUUUGAAACCUGGCCCUCUGAAGACUUAUCUUUUUGAUGAUCUUUCAAAUGUGCAUGAUGAAUGUUACCUUUCAGACUUGAAUCUGACACAUAGCUUUUCCAAAUGUCAUCAGUCUGCAAAAAACACUUCAGAUACUUUUUCUAUGGAUGAAUUUCUAGUAGAUGCAUUGAAGGGAAAUGUUAUUCUUGGAGAACCAAAAAACCUAGCUUGUUUGGCCAAGACUUGGAAAGAUGGAUCAUGUUCAAAAGUGUGCCUACAGGAAAUUAAUGAAAAUGAAGGCGUGUUGCUUACAGAGAAACUCAAAGCAGUCGAUUAUGAGUACCGAGAAGAGGUUCACUGGACUAAAUCUCAAGGUUUGCUUGGCACGGGCUCUUUUGGAGAAGUGUAUAAAAUGGAGGACAAGCAGACGGGCUUUCAGUGUGCAGCCAAAAAGAUACAAGUUGAACACUUUCGUGCAGAAGAGUUGUCAACAUGUGUUGGACUGACACAUGCCAAAGUCCUCCCUCUAUAUGGAGCAGUGAAAGAAGGCCAGUGGGUUACUAUCUUCAUGAAAAUGAUGGAAGGUGGUUCACUGGGCCAGCUAGUUAAGCAGUGUGGGUACCUACCUGAGGACAGAGCUCUUGAUUAUCUCAGCCAAACACUGGAAGCCUUGGAAUAUCUUCACGCCCACAGCAUUCUCCAUGGAGAUGUAAAAGCUGACAAUGUCCUUUUAUCUGAUGACAGAAGCCAUGUUGCUCUCUGUGAUUUUGGUCAUGCAGUUCAACUUCAUCCAGAUGGCAUAAAGAACUAUAUAAUGACAGGGGAUUAUAUCCCGGGCACUGAGACCCACUUGGCUCCUGAAAUCAUAAUGGGAAAGCACUGUGAUUUCAAGAUAGACAUCUGGAGUAGUUGCUGUAUGAUGCUGCACCUACUGAAUGGGUACCAUCCUUGGAUUAAGUACUAUAAUCAUCCUCUGUGCCUCAAAAUAGCCAAAGAACUACCCCCACUGAGAGAAAUUCCUCCCUCCUGUCACCCAUCCACUGUUCAGGUCAUUACUUCUGGCCUUGAGAAAGAGCCUAAAAAACGAGCUUCUGCAGCAGAGCUAAGGAAGAAAACCUGCACAGCACUCAAGCAAAUGGGAGGACUGAAGAGUUCCUGGAAUGGUGAAUACAGAGAACCUAGACGCUUGCAGCCCACAGAGAAAGCUAUUCUCACAGAACUAUUGUUAUCCAUACCUAAACUGGUGGAUAGCCAAAAGGUGUUGACCAGAAGCCCUAGACCUCCAUUGCCAUGUGAGGAUCUGACUGAGAGAACGCAGUUAACUCACCCAGACACGUGCAAGGAAUUACGGACACCAUCUGACUCCCUUCUACCCUCCUUUCUGGCUCCAGCGAGUACUAGGAAAUACAACCUGACAGAAUGGAGGACGCCCAGCAUUGACCACGACCUUCAGCAGAUGGAGUUUGAUCUGAUUCUGAACAGCCUCUCUCAACCCUUUUCACUGGAAGAACAGGAACAAAUGUUGUCUUGCUUCAGCUUGGAUAGCUUCCUCGCAUCAGAUGCUAGUGAAAAGGGCUCAUUGAAAAUGUCCUACAGUCUAAAGGACACCAUGAGUUCAGGGGUAUAUUCCUGGAACAGCCAAGUAGAUGGCCAGAGCACCAGCUGGGACAGCUGGCUGAAUCGUAGCAGGAAUACAGAUAUGCCCACUUAUGUGAACGGGGUGAAAAUUGAGAUCUGCUUGCUUAGUGGGGAAAGCCUCCACAUCAGAGAAUUCCAUGGAACUAAGGUGGGAGAUGUUGCCACUGGAAUUAGCAGCCAGAUACCAGCCCCUGCAUUCAGCUUCUUCACAAAAGAAGGUGAUCCUGUUCAUUGUGAUAUGGUGAUCCCUGAUUCAGGCAUUGAACUUCAGUGCACUUUGGCUCCUGACUGCAGUUCUGGCUGGAAGUGGAGGAUCAAAUAUGGUCAGUUAGAGAAGCGGCUUUAAUGUCUUUUUCCUCCUCACAUCUUAUAUUGAAACAAAUGUGACUCUGCAGAAAAAUGAGUGCAGGAAUUCGUUGGUGACAGCUGAUUGCCAAAGGUGAUUACAGGUUCCUUAUCUGCUUCUUUGUCACAUCCAGUGCCUAUGGAAGAUGUUGUGGGAUAAACUUCUACGCAGAGUUGAAUGGUUGGGCUGCAUUUAACAAAAUCAACCUCAGUAGCUUGAAACGUAAGUUGCUGUGGUUUAGGCAGAUAAAUCCUUCCUUAAUCCCACUAUCAAGGACUAUCCCAAUAGUGCUUAGAUUUGCAUCAUCUUUUAACGUGGCUUUUUUCAGUCUGAGCACUGAAUACUGCUUUUGAAUUCCUUGGAGGAAUGUAUGACCUCCAGAUAUAAUAGCUAGUGUGUAAUGAGUACAUAAUCAAUAUAUCUCUGCAGAAGCAGUAACUUCAUCAUUCAUACAGAAACUCUUUUACUAUAUAUUAUUUCAUUUUCUUUCUGUACAAUUUACAGCAGGCAUGUUCAAUUCACAGCCCAUGGAUCACAUGUAGCCCUGGAUAGCUGGUACUGUGGCCUCACAAGAUUGUAAUCUAUCUACCUAUUUAAUGAAUUUUGUUGUUUAGAUACAUUAACUAUAUUGUAUAUUUAACAUGCGAUCCAAGACCAUUCUUUUCCAUUCAGUGCGGCAGAGGCAAGCAAAAAGGUUGGACACAUCUGUUUUAGAGUUAAAAUUACAUGCUUAUCAAGAGAACUUUUAACUACCAGUCUGAGUACAAGUAGUUUUUUAAGAUUAAACAUAUCAUACUUUUCAAGAGAGAUUUCAUCUAUGCCAAGGAAAGUUUGAAGCAAAACUCUAAACUUGAGAUAGUUUAGGCAAGUCCUUAUAGUCUUGUUUUUAGUUGACCAGAUUGAUUUUAUUACCCUUUGGUAGGUUUUGUGUGAAGAACUCUGGUCAUGUAAAUGAAUAACUAGGGGUGUAAGAGGAAUAAAAUAGAUGGUAUAUGGCCAUCCUCUUCUCUUUUGAUAGGUACAAAGAUAUCUCAUUCACAAAACCUCAUCUGGUAUGUUCUGAGCUACAUCUGGAGUGUGUUCACCCAUAAUUGUUUUGGGUUGAACUUAGAAAUUAUCUAGAAAAGAUAAAUUAACAAAAGGGGGGGAGGGUUUAAAAAUGUGCCUGAUUGUCAUCCCUCAUUCUCAAAGAAAAUAACAUUUGUAUUUGAGGGCCGAAGACCAGCCUGAAUUUAGUUGCCUAAAUUCUGACUACAUUUUCAAAAUUUGCUACUUCCUCUCCCAAACAUGCAUACUUCUUUACAAGACAACCGGCCAUUCUGGAGGGCAGCAUCUUUUUUAAGCCAUCCUUUAAAAUUUAAUUCCUAGGCAGCUGGAGUGAAUGUGUAAAUUACAAAAAUUUGGCCAUAUAGCAACUGUAAACUACAAUCUCUCUUCUUGUAAAAGUCUUGUUUCACAUCAGAAUUAAACAUCUUCAUUUCUGACUUGGCUUCACUAUUGGAUAAUAAAAUUUGUCGCUACUUUCACUGGCUUCUAAAUCUACUGUAAUUCUAAAUGUAGAUUAUUUUCUAGAAGCUUGAAUUUGUGCCUUAAUAAUCAGUUGUUUUUUAAUUGACAAGAGGUUUUUGUAGUCUGGUCUAUUAGAAGCUGUACUGCUGCAUUUGAAAUCUUGCUUGGAUAUCCUGCUAAUUUGAUCGCAGUUUUGCUCUAGGAGGCAAUGCCUUCCCAGCUGGUAAAACAGAAAGCUGAAAUAGGCCACUGAGUGUUUAUGAUUGUAUGUAAUUUCAGUUGUCUGAAGUUCAUAUAACUGUUGCUGUCCCUGUGCAAAAUUAAAUUCUAUUCAUUUUUUUUUAGAAAAGAAGUACACAUUGCCCUUUAUAGAUUGUUCAGCUGGGCAGCUUAUCCAUUCUGUUUGUGGAAAGGAAACAGCUCCUAGUUACUAAUAAAUGUUUUUAGGAACAUCACCUGUGGAAAUCUUCACUCUUCCAAGCACUUGACUCUUUGCAAGAAUAACUGACUUAUGAUCCAAUCAAAAGAAAAAAAUGUAGCAAUAGGAAGUAUCUAUGUGCAUUAGGGGAAUAAACUACCAUCACAUUUAGAAAAAUCUGAAAGUUUAUCUUGAUGUCUUAGGUAUCUGUGGCUGUAAUUCAAGGGUCUUUCUUCUCCAGUUCUUAAAACAUUAAUCUACUUGGCAACAUACUGAUUCCUGCAAAGGAAGUAGCAGAUCCCAAAUCAAGAAAUAAGGAUCUAAAUUAAUGUACAGAAAAGCACAAUAUUUUUUUCUUCAUUCAUAUACAUUAUGCAUACUUUCUCAUUUGUUUUGUUUUUUGGUGUAAAGAAAGUUAUUUUAUCAGAUUUGCAUUGUGAUAAUGUAAUGAUAGUGAGCUCAUAGAUCAUAUGAGCUCACUAUCAUUGCAUGUGUAUGUUCUUUUUUUACUACGAUAUAUAAAUCAACUUAGUGUAGCAUCAAGUCAAACCACAAUGACAUAUUGAACAAAUGAUUAAAAUAAUUUUGUCAUAGUGUUUAGGAGCACUAUAUGAACCAAGCCAUUUUUUUAAACUCUAGAGAAUUAGGCUAAAAUAUUAGCUUUCUGUGUGAGCUUUCUGUGUGGAGAAUUUAUUAAUUUUCUUGCUUCCAGCGUUCAAACUGUUAAAUAACUAAUUUGCUUGCAAAAAUGAGCUUAGAAGUUUGUCUAUUUUUUCAAUGUUAUAUUGGUUUUGAAAAAGCUAAGAGAUAGAACACUAAAAAGCUUCAGCCUUACAGCCUAUUAUUUACUGUUCCCUCCAGUCCAGCUUCAGAAAUGCCACAAAGCUUUUUAAAAUGAAUAGAAUGAAAGAAUCAUUUGAAAAUGCUCUUUAGAUUAGAAUUGCUUUUGCCAAAACCAGGGUAGUAACCAGAGUGGCCUAAAGAUCCUUUCAGACUGUGUUCUUAAUACUUCAAUUAAGAGUUUUCAUUUUGUUGUUUUCAACUAAAAAAUUUUUUUAAUUGGGGAGGGAGCGGAAAGUAAGACCAUACAGAUAGAUUUUAAAAGAAAAUCACUGAUUAUGUUCAUGUGAUGCACUGAACCACAAACUUACCAGCAAUAUUUAAUCUAGUGCGUUCUGAAGGUUCUGUAUUAGUUUAUGGUUCAGUGUGCUGUUUCAGUCCAGAAAAGUAAAUGUUAUUAAUUGUGGAUAAUCAUGUCAUAUAAGCACAAUAUAUAUUGUCUGUAAUUCUGUGAAAAUUAAGACUGACAAUGUUAUUUUUAACUGUCAAUGAAGUUGUAACCCUAAGAAGGGUAAAUGUACCUUUUUCAAUCAAGGAAAUUAAAUCACAGUGCCU